GGAAAAAUUUCAUCCAAUAAGAAGUUAUCUUAAAAUCCAAUAUUAUGACAGUUGAUUCGACCAAUUAUUCCUAUGACCAAUCAGAAAUGAGUGAAUGGAAUGGGGAAUUCUAGUGAAAGACAAGAUGGUUGAUAAAAGGGGAAUGUAAGCUCAACGUCAAAGUUCAAGAUAAAUAUUGCAUAUUGGUUUGGAAACAACCUUCGACUUGACACGCAGGUAUUUCACACUUACUUAAUAAGUGUCAAGAGUGGAAGAUUCUUGUAUAAUAUUUCUUUAUUUGACUAUUUACAUCAAGAUUUAACUGAUUCUAACUUUUUAUAUUACGAAGUCGAGAGGACAAAAUGAGCUCAAUAUCCUGUGGGUUACAAAAAUAUUAUAACUUGAAAUUUCUUUAAUUUAACUAAUUGAAGUUCACAAUUAAAAAAUUUGAAUUCUGUGAUAUUUGAUGAAGUAGAAGCUGUUAAAGUUCUCACAAAACAUCAAAACCAUACUACUGUCGGCACAAAAAUUAGAGGCUCCUGACUUUGAAAGCUCUCAAAGCAGUUUGCAUCUUGUAGAAAAAGGAAAUCAAUAACAAUGAGCAAUGAGGAUUUUGAUCCAUGCGAAUGCAUGUUUAAUCAUCAUUUAGCAAUGCAACGUCUUUUAUCGUUUUUGCGGCAAAAUCAGGGUUACUGCACUGACAAUGAAUGUCUUUCCGUUUCGAGGUUGCCUGGACCGUCAAAUUCACCAAGCGACAAUUUCUUUAUGUUGUUUGUGAUGCUUGGAGUGAUGAUUAUUAUAUUCGCAUUGAGGCCAAAAUCUCUCAGACGGAAGCAACAAGAUAAAAUGAAAGUCUCUCGUGAUAGAUCUGACUCAAAUGACGAUCCUCCCGCACCUCCACCAAUUCACUAAGGACAAAAAUUGGCGUUUGUCGAGGAUUUUGAUUGAAGUUUAAAUGUUUGAUAUAUUUGCUCAACGAUUAAACUAACAAUCAAUAAAUUUGCAUUUGACUGGGACACCAAUGGACACAAAUAUUUAAGAAGUAUUACUUUAGCAAUACUUCUGGAGGCUGGAAAUUAAAAAUUUCUAAUUUCAACCAAAAAAACGAAAGAUAUAUAGAAAAAUAACAAGUUUUUUGAUAAAUUUUUCAUUAAAUAUUUUUAACAAAAACAUAUCUUCAAAAGAUAUUUUGCUAAUGAAAAUUUGUAAAUUUGAUAUUGCAUCGUUUAUCAAGAUUUGUAAAUAGAGAAAAAUUUCAACUUUUUUUUUAAUUAAGUCAUUAUUACAGAAAAUGACACUAAAAUAUUCAAUUUUUCUUUUGUUUUAUUUUAACCAUUUUUUAAAAAUUGAAAUUGUUUUAUGUGAUUUUAGAAUAUGAAAAUCCAGUAUUAAUUGGACUAGUCUUCCUGAAAUUUUUUAAUGAUUUCGAUAUUAUUAUUAUUAAUUAAAGAAAUUGUUGAAUUAACGACAGUUAAUAUUACUACACUACUACUACUACUACUACUACUACUACUACAACUACUACUAAAUAAUUCUGGAAUUAUUUAAUUGCUGAAAUGAAAUUGUCAAUUAUUGAAAUUUAUAAAAAUUGUUCGUUUAUUUUUUCAGUUAGUUUCGAAAAGUUUUGGUGAUUCAAUCUUCAAUGUAAUGAAUUGAUGUAUGAAAUUAUCUAUUUUCAUAAAAUAUAUAUGGGUUAAAAUUUAUCAAGGCAAAAAAAUUUUUCAUUUUCAAAAAACAGGGCCAAAUUUUGAAUUUUUUCAAAAAUUUUUUUCUGCAUUUGAAAGAACAGAAAAAAACUUCAGAAAACAUAUAAGACUUUUUAAAGAAAAUACUGUGAUAUAAAUGAUAUAAAAUUUGAUAAUUGAUAGUUUCAUUAUUAUAUUACUUUGCCAGUAAAAAUGCAAAAUUUGUAAAGAAAAUCAUUCCAAAAGUAGGAAUUUUACUGUAAAAAGAAAUUAAUAAUUUUAAAAGCUCAAAUUUUAUUAUAUAAUUUUAACACAUUAUCAAUAUUGUAUGUAAACUUUCUGGGGCUGGGAUGAUUUCAGUUCAUUUUUUUCAAAUCGCCUUUAAUAAUUAUAAUAAUUAAGUAAUAUUAGUUUCUAAAAAAUUAAGUUUUAAUCCAAGGUCUUUCCUUUAUUAAUUUUAUAUAAAUUAUAUAUUUACCACACAGAAUAAAAUUAAUUAUUAUUUUUAGAAGGUUGAUUUGAUUUGUCGUUUUAUAAAGUCGACAAGUCUUAUAUUCAAGUAAACCAAACUUUUUGAAAAAGAUUUUCCUUUUCUUGUUUGUGGAUAAUUAUUUCUGCAUCAUUUCUUCAAACAUUUUUUUUAAUUUUAUUAAAAGGGUAUAAAAAAUUUUAAUAAAGGGUCAAUUUAAAAUGUAAAAAAAUGUAUUGAAAAGAAAAAUAUUUAAAGCAAUUUUUAUUGUAAGCAAAUUAAAUAAUAUAAUUUGACUUGCAUCGUGCAAUAAAUGUAUAAAAAUUUUAUAGAAUUUUAAAUUUGUAUGCUUACAACAAAUUAGAUCUGCUUCAAUAUAUAAAAAUCGUCUGAAAAUUGUACAUUCCUGCACAAUAUUUUUAAUAAUAAAGAUCUGAACUUUA